UGGCGAAUAAAGUUAUUAUGAUUCCAUUCUGCUGCAAUCUCUUCUUCAGAUGCCACCCUGUUUCAGUUAAGUGAAGCUUUCUCUCUUGUUCUUUGUGCUGAAAGUGAUGGUAUAGCUUGAUAGAGCUGGGUCAAGGUUAGAAUUGGAAAAAGUCUUUAGCUUUAUGUUUACCGAACGUUCUUUGUGCUUGAUUGACUGGUGGGUUGUAUAAAGCUUUCAAUUAUUUAGUGUUGUGUUUGGUCUUUUUUGAUCCCCCACUUGCCACCUGUUUAUAGGGUGAUUGAAAAAAAGGGCUAAAAGUGGAGAUGGAGAAUGUUCAGAUGCCAUGGAACUGGUUUUGAAGUACUUUAUGGGUUUGUGAGCUUAGUAUAGGUUUGAUACAUAAGAAAAAAGAAGGAAAAUUUGCUCUUAGUUUUACCUAUACGGUGAAUUGAAGUGUGUUUAGAGGGUGCUAUAGUUUAGUUGCUGGGUUUAUUUGUUGUUUAUGGAAUUGGCAGAGUUAGAACUAGAAAAAGUGAAUGAGAGUUGAAAAUACAGAUUAUGGGAAUGGGCAGUAAUACCAAUGGGAUUGAAUACUUGUCCAAGGAAUUUUUAGAAGACUUUGUUAGCAUACAGAAUAAAGAUCUCAGGAGAAUGAGUGACAAUGGAUUGGUUAUAGCGGAGAGUAAGCUUCCAGAUGAACGGUUUGAUUCGUCUUCUUGUAAAGAGGAAGAGGAAUGUGAGGAUCAUCUAGGCCAGAGAUCAUCAAAAGUUGGCUCUUCACCGCGAGGAGGUUUGGAGCAUUUCACCAGAGAGACAGCUGGAACUGAGAGGAACCUGCUUAUUUCUGGACAUGAAGUUAUGCUUACUAGAUCAAUGAUGGAAAAAUGGGGAUCUCCGAGGCAUGAACUAAUAUUGGACAGGUUGUCCGAGCGUGAUAAGCAAAAACUGAUUGCCAACCUAGUGAGGAUACAAAAUGAUGGGACUGUUGAAGUUGAUCUAGAGAAAAGUGCACCUGUUGCAUCAGAAUUAUUGGAGUUCCAAUCUUUUGAAGAUUCAACAUUGAGUGGAAGUCUUAUUUCUGAAUCAAAAAAAUCAAUUCCACAGCUGCAAAUUGUCAUUCUUGUGGUUGGAACUAGAGGAGAUGUACAACCUUUCUUGGCCAUUGCAAAAAAACUUCAGGAGUAUGGUCACCAUGUUAGGCUGGCAACACAUGCUGAUUUUGACACAUUUGUAAAGUCUGCUGGCGUAGAUUUCUAUCCUUUGGGUGGCGACCCUCGUGCUUUGGCAGCAUAUAUGGUGAGGAAUAAAGGUUUAAUCCCUUCCGGUCCGACUGAAAUAUCUAUUCAAAGAAAGCAGCUGAAGGCCAUAGUUGAUUCUCUUCUUCCGGCAUGCACGGCACCUGAUUUGGAAACUGGCGUUCCUUUCAGAGCUCAGGCUAUUAUUGCGAAUCCCACCGCUUGUGGACAUAUACAUGUUGCUGAAGCCCUUGGAGUGCCGAUACACAUAUUCUUCACGAUGCCUUGGACGCCAACAUAUCAGUUCCCACAUCCUCUGGCUCGUGUUCCGCAAAGUGCUGGUUACUGGCUGUCCUAUAUAAUUGUUGAUCUUCUGAUAUGGUGGGGGAUCCGAGGAAUUAUUAAUGACUUCAGGAAAAGGAAAUUGAAGCUUGCUCCUAUUGCAUACUUCAGCAUGUACCGUGGAUCGAUAUCUCAUUUACCAACUGCAUAUAUGUGGAGUCCUCAUGUUGUUCCCAAGCCUAGUGAUUGGGGACCUUUAGUUGAUGUUGUUGGUUAUUGUUUCUUAAACGUUGGAGCAAAGUAUCAACCACGCAAGGAUUUCGUCGAAUGGAUCCAAAAAGGCUCAAAACCAUUAUAUUUUGGGUUUGGGAGCAUGCCUCUUGAAGAUCCUAAAAGAGCUACUGAUGUUAUAAUAGAGGCUCUGAAUGAUACCGAACAACGGGGAAUCAUCGAUCGAGGCUGGGGAAAUCUCGGAAACUUGACAGAAGUUCCUGACAAUGUUUUCCUUCUAGAAGGAUGCCCUCACGACUGGUUGUUUCCUCAAUGUUCCGCCGUGGUGCAUCAUGGUGGAGCUGGAACCACAGCUACAGGACUAAAAGCCGGGUGUCCGACAACCAUCGUUCCAUUCUUCGGAGAUCAAUUCUUUUGGGGGGAUAGAAUAUAUCAAAAAGGGCUAGGUCCAGCACCAAUUCCAAUUUCUCAGCUCACUCUUGAGAAUUUAUCAAAUGCCAUAAAGUUCAUGCUCCAGCCAGAGGUGAAGUCUCGAGCAAUGGAAGUUGCAAAGUUGAUUAAGGAUGAAGAUGGUGUUACUGCGGCAGUUGACGCGUUUCACCGGCAUCUACCGUCUGAGCUACCGCUCCCAACUCCAUCUCUGGUGGAGGAUCACCCAAAUGCUUUGCAGUGGUUUUUUCUUCAAAUAGCCAAGUGGUGUUGUGUGCCUUGUGGUGGUGUAUAGUUUUUUUUCCCACACCAAGUUAAGUAUUUUCUUUUAUUCAUUAUAUAGUUAUUUUUUUUAGAUGAGAGCUAUAAGCCUUGCAUUUUUCAAAAUAGGAGGAUAGCAUUCUAUUGAUUUCAGUCAAGUAAUUUUUGUGAAGGUUUGACUAAUAAUUACGUAUUGAAGAUGUAUAUUUCAUCAUCCCAUAAGAAAAAUAGAAUCCAUAGCAAUAGAAGUUGAGGAUAAGAGCUUGGUUUCAUUAGUUAUAUAGCACAUAGUUUGCAGUUACCUAUGUAUUUUUGUUUAAUUUGUGUUCUCCUAUCAUGGAUCAAUUUUGUGUUGUGGAAGACUCAAAUCUCUUCACUUUACACUAACGUAUUCAAUUUAUUCUUGUGUUUUUUGCCCCAAAUAGAUUGUAUUCUAGGGUUAAAAUGCAAUAUUUCAAACUGAAUAGGUGGGGUGCGCCAGGCCCAUGCGAUAGUGUAAGGCUUAGGCGACGCUCGACAAGCCCAGUAGCAAGCUACUGUAUGGCCCAUCGCCCUCAAAAAAUAAAUUUAAUAUCGUGUGGGCCAAUGGCCCACA